CGCUGAGUGAAAGGGGGAGUGUUUACUACAUUUUCAAUGGAAUGCGGCAUAGGGGAGCGGGCCUCAGGUGUAGGCAGCAUGCUGAAGCGAUAACUGGAUACGCUCAGAUAUGAGAAGCUUUUUUUUCUUUUCGGCGAGUUUAUUUUUUGACAAGCUGAUCCCUAUUGGUGAACUAUAACUAAAGGGUGGUUGUCGCUUGCGGGAUUGACAUUAUUUAUUGACAGCGUUCUAUUCUAUCUGAAAAGGCUUGCGUGUGUAGGAUAUUCACAAAAGGACUGGGCCCUAAACAACUUGUUUCAAUUCAGAGAGAGAGAGGGACAGGGCUACCUACCUGUCCCGUUGGUUGCUGGUAGCGGCGUAUCAAAAGGAUAUUAUUUUCCGGCUGCAAGUGGAACAGACGUUGACUCUGUUAUACAGAGGAGUAGCCUAGUCCUCAUGAAAUUUUAUUUGCUUAGCAUAUCUAUUUGUUCGUAAUGCUCCACCAACUUGUAAGAGCUCGUUCAAAAAAAGUUGCUUAAAUGGGAAAAACACAAUUAUCCUUGUAUUUUUCACAAUAUGGAUUUUGUGCGCAUGUGAAAAUAGACAGCGGUAGGCUAAAUCGCACAUUCAUGCCAUUUUAAGAGCAUAUGCAUACUGUUCUUAUAUUAGCCUACCAUUGCUAAAUUGCCUGAAAUGUAAACCAAAUUUGUCAGAUUGCAAUCUUAUUCUUGCCAGUAGUUUAGCCUAUGCUUUCAGUACACUAAUCUAGCAAUCGGGUGUGCGAUCACCUGCGCUAAUGGCACCAUUCCAAUGAUAAACCAUUGCGUUUUCCAAUGUUCUCCUCAGAAAAGUUAUCGCUGAGAAUCGGACAUAAUGCAAAUGUCAUUUAAUCCUGCACGGCCAGACGCAGAGCGCAGUGUGUGUCCUGUGACAUUGCACCUGAAUGUCUACUUGGCGAGAGAGAGUUUUGCCUCGUCUUCCAAAAGAGAUUCGUCGCGCCUUUCGCAGGAAGAACAUGGAAUAGAACUGCAAAGGAUAUAUUUGGAACUCGUUGGAUAGCCAAACGUUCUAAGCUUGAGUGAAAGAGAUCACAAGUGAAUUAUAUGGUUAUGGUAUUUCAACAAAGUACAGGUAGACAUCUCUCACAGUAUGAAUUUCAACAAAUGUUAAGGUUAAAUUCGUGAACGUUCUCUUGGACUCCGGGAUGCGCAACAAACCCAUCGACAGAGCUGAAACUGCUUGGAUCAUGAUGCGUGAAGCGUAAAAUUGCACCUGACAUCGAAUGCAACACAGCUGAUCACAUUUGACAAGGACCUACUAUGUCAACAUUACUAACCAGGAGGUUGUCUCUCUGCCAGGCUCUGACCUUCAUCUGCCUGCUGGUCUCUGCCGUCUGCCUGUCCUCCCAGCCCAGCUCUUCCUGGGUGUCUGCGUGGGGUCCUUCAGAGAGUCGUUCAGCGCGUGCCCGACGACAGCUGCACUACAGGAACGAAUGGGCCUCGUGGAAUGGCUGGUCCGUGUGCUCGCGCUCAUGUGGGGGAGGGGCCUCUGUGCGUACACGCACCUGCAUCACCAGGAACCCAGUUGGCGGACCAUGUUCAGGAGACCCCAGACAAUACAAGAUCUGCAACACCAAGGGGUGUGCUGGGGGCUCAGAGGACUUCAGGGAGAUGCAGUGUUCUGCCUACAACGACAGACCGCUGGUGGCUGGAAACAGUUACAGAUGGACCACCUUCCAUGGAGGUUCUAACCCGUGUGAGCUGAGCUGCCUGGCCCAGGGUCACAACUUCUACUACAACUUUGGUCGUGUCCUGGACGGCACUGCCUGCAGUAAAGAGCCUGGAGAUGUGUGUGUCAACGGAAAAUGCUUGACACCGGGCUGUGACCUGAUCCUGGGCUCGGACCAGCAGGAGGAUGCCUGUAUGGUGUGUGGAGGACAGAACUCCACCUGUCUACACCACAGGAGUGUGUACCAGAAUGCACAGGGAGCAGCGGGUCCGUUUGGGUACAAUGAGGUGACCAUGAUCCCAGCUGGAGCUACUCACAUCCGUGUCACCGAUAACAGCAGAAACUAUCUGGCGCUCCAGAACGGGCGUUCCCAGUUUGUCAUUAAUGGGAACUGGAAGAUCAGUGUUCCUGGGGAGUACAGCGUGGCGGGAACCAAGCUCCUGUACAAGCGCUCUGUGGACACCUGGGAAAGCUUUGAGGUCCCUGGACCCACUAUGGAGGACCUGCACGUCAUGGUGUUGGUGACAGACAGGAACCCGGGGAUAGAAUACGAGUAUUGGCUCCCUCCAGACCGCUAUGCUCUGUUCCAUGGCAGGAGGAGUCAGCUACGCCAGCCUCACCACACUGCUAGCUACGUCCCCUGGGAUCACCCCACCACUGCUACUACCACUACUACUACUAGGCCUCCCCCUGUCACCACAAGACCCUACUGGGCUCCUCCAGGUGGCUGGCCCAUCAAGUCCCCUCGCCACCCAGCUCGACAACCCCCUCAACAGCCCCACCGCCCACCUGUCCUUCCCCGCCUAGAGAGGGACGAGACCAGAAGGAACCGACUACCCCAACCACCCCGAGGAGGGCAUUGUGGGAAAUGUAGGCGGGCCCGCGGUCGAGGGGAGCGCCAGAGGCAGUACUGCCAGAAAGACUUCGUGUUCCGUGCCAAAGUCAUGAGCAAGCUGUACCGGGGCGAGGAGACGCGCUACGAUGUCCAGAUCAUCCACACCUACCACAAUCGCUUCCGCCUGGAGCACCGCGAGUUCCUGUGGGUGCCCAACGUGUGUGACUGCCCCCCUCUGGAGGAAGGGCGCCAGUACGUACUGAUGGUGCGUCGCCACAUUAACAACGAGCAGACGUUGAACCGGAUACUGAUGGAGGAGGACAGCUACGCGAUACCCUAUAAACCUAGAGAGGACGCUCUGUUGCGCCCCCUGGAGGAUAUGUGUCGUAACAGAGGGCCCAGGCCACCUGCGGAACUGAGAGGCGGCUAUGCCUAGACAUAGAGAUGUACAGUAUACACGUGCACACCUAACACCACUGAUGCACACAUACUUUGACUGUCACGACUCCUUAACACUCCUCAAGACUGAGCACUUCUGAUGGCGAAUCAGACAAACAAUGGGGCUGCAUGUGUGCGUCUGUGUGUGACAUUAAAAUCCCAUACACCCCUACGCAACAACUUCCUGCCUCUGGCCCUUCAAAAGACAAACAGAGAGCAACAGAACCACUAGAAUUCCAAAAUGGGGGAACUGAAAAUGGCGGAGGCAAACACUAGUUGAACACUGGGAAGAGACUAUACCCAGUAGAUCUGUCAGUCAGCGCGAUAAGAAGGCGAAGCCCUCAAAGAGCCAUGCAAAAGCUGACCAGCUCACAAAGUAUAGCACUUUAGGUGGACGUUAUCACCCACCUUUAAACUUACCAAAGAGAAGAAUAUAUCCACUUCAAUGGCCAAGCGUUUGUGUUUUGCUCCCUUUGCUAACUAGAUGACUGACUAUAACUAUCUGUCUGGAUUACUAACAGGCAGUGUUGGGGAAGCUACUCUGAAAAUAUAGUUUAUAGCUUGUAUCAUUUACUUCACACUAGAAGAGGUUAAGCUACACUUCGGCCUAGAUUCAAUCAGAUCAAGUGUUAACCGGCGAUAGCCGACACCUGCAUAGCUGAUGUAACUGUGUUGGAGCUGUCAAAUUGGUGAAGAGCUACUCUUCAUCAUUGUCACUCGAGUUACAUAUUCAGAAUGACAAAGUGUAGGCUAUAUAGAAAUAAUGACGCUCAAAUUGAAAAUCAUUAGCCUAAAGAAAAUAAUGAGGAUUUCUAUCAGCCGAAUCGAGGUGUAGAUCACAUCUCACAUUCCAGUGUUUUGAACUUGUAAACAAGACUUGCAUGAGAUUUCUCUUAAUGCGACUCUGUGCAGCCAAUAGCAAUGUCCGCUUCAGGUAUAAUGCCAGGAGCUGCUCUAACGCAGUUCCACCUCCGACACUGCCUGAACAACUGCUACGCGGAUGUUGGCUAAAGUGGAUCUGAUUGAAUAGAGCCCUUACGCUGCCCUAAAGAGAAAUAUACUUUAAUAGUUACUUUGAAAAAGUAGUUCACUACAUCCAAACUACUUCGUAAAAAAAUAUAAUAUCUGAAAUGUCAUCGACUACACAGUUAAGUGUAGUGAGAUCUGUGACAGCCAGAGUGAGUGCUUUGGCUUAGCCCAGUAGCCAGGGAGAGAGAGAAAAAUAGGGGGUAGUUGUUGAAUAAAUGUAGCGGGCAGUUCCAGUAGAUAGCUACAUGGCUAAAACAAGUAAUUAACUACCAAAGACACGACACAGAUUUGAAUGUAGUUACUACAAAAUAUAGGUAAAUGACUAACUGAAUUAAAUGUAGUGGAACUACUCCCCAGGACUGCUAACAGUUCAGUCACUCUAUGUCAAAAUAAAUGGGUGACUUUUUACUUUCUUCUCAUACCUAAGAUGUAUAAAACAACAUAUUGUUCCAUAUUGUAUUUAUGCGGCAAAAGAAUAUCUAGAUCAUAACAUUUAUAUUUGUGUUUUGUUCUAAAAUAUAGUAUUUUUUUUAAAUUAUCAAUGCAUUUCUCUCUUGAUGUAUGUGUUUUGGGUAACAAUUUACAUUAAUUUGCUCUUAUACCUGUGUAGUAACAGUGUCAUUAAUUACACUAGUAACAUUGUAGUUACAUGUUAUAGCACAGUACUUCAUGAAUUGCGUUGUAAUUGCGUAGUGAUGGGUUUGAGUUUAUUCCACUUCCACUACGACUAUUACGAUGCAUUAAAACUACACUGACAUAAGAGCAAGUUAAUGUAAAGUGUUACUGUGUUUUGAAUAUUAAAUCAAUCAGGUUCCCUUAGUUUGUUUUGUUAGGUCUCCUGUUGUCUUAUUCACAUGAAUAUUUACUUUUGUGAGAAACAAAAAUAUGGAUUAUUCAGUAUUUUAUAUUGGUGUGGCACUGAGUAGCUACAAAUAUAAGAAACAUAUUUAA